AUGCCGAAAGAUGCUCCGGGGUUCGUAGCACUUGGGAUGGAUUACGAGCCCGCGAGGGAUAGAGGUUUGAGGGGGGGGGGGGGGGGGGGGCGUAAUUGGGACGAUAGGUCGAUUCAGUUGAUGGGGGGGGCGUUGCUCGUCAGUUGCCGGGGGGGGGGGGGGGGAUCGAUCGUUUUCGGGGGGGGGGGGGGGGGGGCCGGGGGGGGGGGGGGGGGGCGAAUGAAGGGACGGGUUCCACAAGAUGCUGUAUGGCAGAAAUUUUCACGACGGGUCGGGGGGGGGGGGCUGAACUGA